ACACAGAAGCAGCCAAGCCUCUCCUGCUCCUGGUGUGUUCCUUCCCGGCAGAAGUACAGGCAAGCCGUCAUCCGGCAUCUCGAGAGGAGGAGGAAAAAAAAGUGGGAGGAGGUCCAGCGCAAAGAGAUUCAAAGGCUUUUGAAGGAUGAGCUCAGAACGAAGUAAGUAGAACUUUGGUCAGCCCGUUCUAGGCGCCUGGCGCAGAGGUCGAGCGAGCUGGUAAGUUGCACGCUUUGGGACAAGCGCAGCUGGAUUUUGUUAUUUAUAAGGAGGGUAAAUCUAUUUAGCUGCUCCCUGUUUCAUACAUUUGUGGGGCGGCGGAUGGGAAAGGAGGAAGGGUCUCAGGUUUAGCAGAAGAGUUCUCUCCCAACCCCCCAACUCUGCGUUACGCCCAAAAUAGCAGAUUUUCUUAUGGAAAGGAUGGUGGGCUGUUAGGUUUAAAGUGGUUAAGGUAAAACCAGCUUGGAGAGAUUUUUGAAGGCUAAUAAACCUUGGGCUUGUUCGUUUGUUUAGGUCUUUUCUCUGAGCAAGGGGCUGAUUCCUGUUUUUAGUCUUAAAGGGGCAGGGAGACUACUCUUUCGCUCAGAUUUCCCAGCCUCCCUAUUUAAUCCACGAGCUCCAGAAGGAAAGCCAAGUUCUUUCAAAAGUUAUUCUCGGUUAUAUUUCGUAUCGUUCCUCAAACGAGCUCGAAGGAGACACUUUUUAAGUUUCACAAGAGGUCCCUGUGACUUUUAGGAAAGGCUGAACAGCGUUAACCUCUGGAACUGCCUGCCGCAUGAUUCCCUGAUCUUCACACUACUUUAGCAGUCCUUUUCGGGGUCUUGAAUUUGCUUUCUAAUUUACUUUCAAGUCUGCGAGUGGAGCUCUCGAUCUCCCGGCAGAUUGCAAUAAAAACCGGCCAGGAUUCACUCCGGGUUGCUUUAGCAAACAAACGACGGCAGCAAAACCCCACCCUAAAUUGCACUGCAGAGCUGGGUCUUUGCGUGGAGGACUGCGAGCGCGGUUUAGUUUUGGUACUCGAAACAACUUCCAGGGGUGAGAGUUAAAUUCUCAAGGUGCCUUCUUUUCCACCCGGCUCAGACUACUUAUUGAAAACACAAGGACGCACACACCCCUCCGCACCCUCGCAAGCCUGAAGUCCGCCGCCUCUAGUAGCUAAAAAGUGAUUUGCCACGGGCCACCCAAUCGAGCCGAAACCACGCCCCGCGCGCAGGCGCGUCUCGGGGGCUGCCGCUUCCACGCCGCUUUUUAAAGCAAAGGGCGGCGGGCCAGAAACUUCGGAAUCGGGAUGUGUAUAAGAGAUAGUUUGAUCUUCUGGGUGGGGUUGGGUCCCCCCCGCGACUCUUCCCAUCUCUAACCCUUAACAGGAGCAUAAACUAACGCGCCCAGUUCUGUUUUACGCUCGAGUAGGGACUUUUGGAUUUUUUCCCACGCAUCCUAAAUGUGUGGAGGGGGGGAUUUAAGACUUCUCCAUGGGGCGGCGGCUUCUUAUUUGAGAAAAUAACUAGUGUAUGCGCGAAUUGCCAGACCCGCCUCCCCCACUAAUGAAUUUAUUUGCAAAAAAUAAAAAGCCGCCAAAAUGGACUGAGCAAGGAGAUGAUUUACUGCGAGGAGAAGGGAGAACAAAAAAUUCGGCAAAAUUACCCGCUGUGGCCCGGCAGCAACACGUGGAAGCGGGAGUGCUUUAGCUACUUUCUCCGCCUGCCGGAAGAUGAACGUGACCAAGGGGAGAUCCCUCCAAAGGAACAAGAUCCCUUCCUUUACACCUCUCUCCUAUUUGUGCGUAAUCAGCCGGUAGAGCAUGAGACGCUUGAUCUCGGGGUUGUGGGUGCGAGCCCCACGUUGGGCCAAAGAUUCUGCGUUGCAUGGGGUUGGACUAGAUGACCCUGGUGGUCCCCUCCAGCUGUACAAUUCUAUGAUCUAAAUACUGUACAGGACUUCUCCCUCUCCUCCUUGCCUAGUGUGGACCAGCGCUUUGGGGACCGAACUCCAGUUAGAAUGUAGGUUUGCGUUUUAAUAUUCUUGGAAGUAUCAACCCAUAUUGGGCAGAAUACUUGCUGUAUCAUGCUAGGCCAGCCAGCAAAAGCCUUUCCUUUUGUGUCUCUUAAGGUAAAGGUAAAGGGACCCCUGACCAUUAGGUUCAGUCUUGACCGACUCUGGGGUUGCGGCGCUCAUCUCGCUUUAUUGGCCGAGGGAGCCGGCGUACAGCUUCCGGGUCAUGUGGCUAGCAUGACUAAGCCGCUUCUGAACCAGAGCAGCACAUGGAAAUGCCGUUUACCUUCCCACCUAUUUAUCUACUUGCACUUUGAUGUGCUUUCAAACUGCUAGGUUGGCAGGAGCAGGGACCGAGCAACGGGAGCUCACCCCGUCGCGGGGAUUCGAACCGCCGACCUUCUGAUUGGCAAGUCCUAGGCUCUGUGGUUUAACCCACAGCACCACCCGCGUCCCACUUUGUGUCUCUUACUAUUGAUUAAAUUGAAAGCUUAAAAUACAGGCCAGGGGGCUUGGAACUUCUCUGAGGGCCAUGUUGGCACAGCCUUCCAUCUUCCUUGUAGCUAUGGCUCUGAGAUGAGUAGUACAUCUAGCUCCCCAGUUUUGUAACUGAAAGUGGGUGAGUGACCCUUGGAUUAAAGAUGGAAAAUGAGUGUAAAUUUAUAUUAUUUUUUAAAAACCCAUGUGUUUCUAAAUCAUGCUUUUCCUGAACUUCUUUGAAAGGUAUUCCUUCCUGUCAUGUAGGAAGAUGAAAUGCCCUUAAAAGUGGGAGUGGGAGUGGGAGUGGGAGCCUGGGAGAUCUGACCUGCAGGAUGCAGCCCACUGGGAAGUUCUCUUGUACAACCUCAUGGAGCCAGUGAUACUAGUGCUGGAUUAAUUUAUAUCAGUGAAACUAUUCUUCCAUUGUUCCACUGACUAUAUGACCUCAUUCAUUCUCUCUCUCCCUCCUCCAGGUGUUAUUUUGCCCCUGAUCAGCAUUGCACUGUGGGGAUUGAUGUGCUCAGCUACACCCCUGCCAGAGACUUCCGGGUACCCAGACUCCGUCCUUGACAAUUUGGAAUUUGUGCUUAGAAUUAGGAAGGAUGUUGCUAAAAUGAAGAAUGAUCUGGUGAGUUGUUGCGAGCAGAAGAGGAAAAUGCUGGGCAAGGAAUAUUGCAGAGAUGAAGGUGUACAGUUUGUCUAGAGCAGCCUUUUUCAACUUGGUGCCCUCUGGGUGUUUUGGAACUACAAAUCCCAUCAGCCCCAUCCAAGUGUGGUCAGGGGUGAUGGGUGCUGUAGCCGAACAACACUCAAAACCCAACAGGUUGGAUUAGGCUGCUCACGAUCAAAGCCUAAAUCCACAGCUUAUGCACACUGGCAGAAGCUGUAGGUUUAGGCAGCUAUCUAAAAGGGAUGUCUUGGUCAAUGAUACAAAAAACUUCCAGAGAAAUCCUGAAGGACCAAUUCCAGUUCUCGAUAUUACCCACCUUUUAAAAAUGUGUCAACUCCUUGAAACUACCGCUGUGAAUCUCAAAAGUACAAAUAUCGACUGAUGAUCCCCCCCAAAUAUUGUGCCAGGAUGGGUUUGAGCAAAAGGUGGAGCCCAGUCCUGAAAAACUGCCUAAUUUAUCCUGUAUAUAACACACCUCCCCAGUAACAUAACAACUUGGAAAGUGAUUAUGCCCUGACAGUUAUUAUUUUGCAGCUCUUGGCUUUGAACCACUGUAAACUCCAGUACAAAUAACUUAUUCCCAUCGAGCUGAGUUCUCGGAUAAACAAAAUAGUUGGCAAGUUGUUCUGGUACGGGACUCCGUUCCCGGCAUUUCCUUGAAAUUGCAGCUUGCCCCGGAGACUUAACCUCAUAGAGAGCGUAGCUUUCUCCCUUCUAGCGUUGUGGAAGUCUCUCCUGGCCCUGGCCCCAUUUAAUCUGAACAAAUGGCAUUGAUCCUACCUUUCCCAGCAUUUGUGAGGUUGUGCCAACCUGGAAAGGUCACCUUCCCUCAGUGACAAAAGGAUAAAAAUUGUUUGCAGACAGUGAAUAAAGCUUUGGCAUUCUCGUUGGCUUCCCUCAGAGGGCGGAGGGGCUAGUUUGACUAGAUCUGUCAAAUUAUCGUAAAAAUGCAUUUAAUCCUCCUCUUAUCCAAGCCUAACUUAAACCGGAAGAAAAAUCACGCUGUGAUGAAUGCCAAUAUUUGCUGCUCAGUCUGCCACCCUUUGGCUAGAAUCAGAUUCUUUGGUUUGGGUUUUGGGUGUGUGACAUUUGUGUGUUGGUGCUUUCAGUAGUUUCAGUGUGGCAUAAUUUACUCCAAUUUUGUUAUGAAAAAAGGCAGAGGUUUCUGCAGGUCUCUUUCCAAACACUAGAAAUAGUAUUCAUCAGUCUCUUCCUCUGACUUCUGAGAGUUCAUGCACUUGAGAGCAUAACUUAGCUUCCUAUCAUAAGGACUGGAAACUUGGUGGUUUGCAAACGCUGCCCUCAUAAGUUAUAACCAUUCUGCACUACUGUAGUGUUCCUAUAGAAUUCACACCUCUCUUUAUUCUAUGAAAUAAUUUACUGCUGCAUUCCAAGUGAUCCCAUAGAUGUUGAUCUGUCUAUUGACAUGUAGUCCUUUACUAUGGACUCCUUAUUCAAGUGAAGGCACUAAAUAACAGGGCACAUUAGGUUCUUGUGAGAGCAGGGCAGAGACAAGAUCUUGCAUUAACAGAAUGAGUAGAUAAGGUUUCUGUACUCUUACGAACUACAAGGCUGGGUGGUGGGCAGCAAGUAUUGGGGAGCCCUUGCCUUCCUGGUAGUAUCACCAAUUCCUUUUUAAAGUACUGUAAAAUAGACAGGUGGUGGGAGCUCAUGGGGUUGCCAGUAGGGAGCAAGCAAGCUAUAUAUCUAUAUUGGCUACUGGGGCCUUUGUCUCUUCUGACCUCAACUCCUUGUUUCUCCCUCCGCCUGCUGCCCACAGCGUAAAGAAUUCAGGCUUGGCAGUGACAACGAACUGCAACUGGUGCAGGAAAUCCUGCGCAUUGAGCAAGUUGAUUAUUCCCAUUGUCGGAAAGACCUCUGUAACAAGGUAUGUAGAAGCCACCGUCCGGUAACAAGCCCUAAGCAGUUAUAUUUCCCGUUCCUGUUAACGUGCAAUUAUAUUUCCCGCCUGUUCCCACUGCCCCAGAAAGUUCCAGGUGGGAAAACAACAACAAUUCAAUAAGGUAGGAGGGAGCUUUGCAAUAUCUGUUUACAAAUAAUGCAGGCAGCAACAGGUGGAAGGAAGCCAGAACCAAAAGGAGUGUUGGGUCCUCAAAGAAGUGAGCGAGCGGCUUCCUGCCUGCCUACCAGCUUUGGAAACUUCUUGCCAGGCUCCACACCUCCAGCUUCUUCCCACAUUUAUUUCUCAUGCCCGCUAAGAGAAACAGCAAGUGUCUGUCAUUUCACCAUUUUUCUUUUAGCUAUAAAGCUGUAGGGAAAUGCUUAGAGAACUGAGGCCAUUUCAUUUGGGGGACAAAAUGAUAGCACAGCUAUAACAUGGACAAUGGCCAGUUUGUGACACCCUCUGUGAGCCCCAUCCUUGAGUGAGCCUGCCUCCUCGUUGCAAUAGGUCUAGGGGGCUCUUGCUAAUGCCCCCCACCUUGCUUUGGGUGUGGUCCUUCAGCAAAUGCCUGACUGUGCCUCCAAUGCAAGGAGAUGUGUGUGUGGAUGAGCAGGGUCUGUGGCAAUAAUUCUAUGUGUUUUGCAUGCCUUACCCUUUAUUCAUGUCAAAAUCUUGGUUAAGAUUGGCAGUCCACGCCGGAUGUAGUAGUUGCCUGGCCGACUGCCAAAAAUACACUUUUGAGGGUUAAGGGGGAAUUCCUGUUGGUAACCAAACCAGAUGUCAUCCAUUUCCCCUGGUGCUGCAAUCGUGACUCGGCGCGUUUGCAGGUUAAGCAAUGAGCCAGCAAAGUAAAGGAUUCUGAGUGGAUAAGAUUAGUUAUGUACUUAACAGAAGGGCUUGCUCAUGAGAAACAGAAGGAUCUGCCUUUUCUGAUUGCGAAAGGGUGGGGUUGGUGGGAACAUAACUUUAGAAGAGGAAAGAAUCUCAGGGGCAUCUGGACAGCCACGUGAAAAACUGUAGCAUUAUGAUUUCCAGGGGGUAGCUCUGUUUGUUGGAAGCAGUAAAGGGAGUUUUAUGGCACACUUAAAAUACGCUGUACUUUACUGAUUUUGGACAAAAUGGUUGUUAUGUGGAGGGGAAGCUUUUUAGGUGUAUUAAGAUGGCAAGCUAGUCAUGAUGCUUUGCCAGGGUGGGGGCUCCUUCUCAUUCUGAGCGUAGCACUGGACCUCUGCCCCCAAAGUCCAGCCCUGAUGGCUUCGCUGCAUUUAUAAUGGCGCAAGCUUUUGUGGAUUAGAGCCCACUGCACCAGAAUAUCUAGCAUUAGUAUGUUCACUGAUAUAUUGGACAACUUUAUUACAAAGCAACUAGGAGCAUUUUUUCUCCACUGGGCUACUGACUUAUAGUGAUGACUUCCCUCGCCACCCACACAAUAAAAUUGCUGGUUAUAGGUGCAAUCUUAGUUUUACACACACACACACACACACACACACACACACACACACACACAUCGCUCUUCCAAAAUUAAUGCCUAUGUGCCACAUGGAUUCUGUUUAUAUUCAAUCCAUGCUUUCUCUUUAGAACUACAUAUGCACAUUCAGUUGAGCAUGGACUAUGAAAUUGGCAGCAAUCAGCAAAUUAAAACAAAUUACACUUUAAGGCUGGCUGUUAAAAAUCACUAAGGCUAAUAUGUAUCUAAUCUAGAAGCCCUGCCCACUCAUUACAAAGUUUGGUUAUAGUUAACCAGUGGCAAAGGAAGAAGACUCCAUACAUGCUCAAAUACCCAAAUACUCUUCCCUGGGUCCCCUCCUAGCGCUCAAAAUGAGUUCUGAGGCUGAUCACUCAAAUGAGGUUUGGUGAGGGGGUACCCUUUUCCAGGGGAUAUUCGGGCACACCUCUGUAACAUGUUGUGUAUUCAACUUCUCAAGAAGAGAGGAAUAUUACCAAAUAGCCAAUAAGAUAAGAGCAUGCAGAGAGAAAAAAUCCCCUUCAUGUUUUCUUAGCACACAGCAAAUAUUUCUUAACAAUCUUAUUGCUGCCGACCUGCUUGGCGAAAGCUUGAGCAAUAACAUAGAUGUUGGACUCUAUUCCUUUGUACGUAAGGAAUGUCAAUGUCUUGGCUUGCCUACUAUGGGAAAACUUUUUCUCCUCUUGCCACUUCUUCUGAGGAACCCUCUUAAUUUUCCCACCUUAAGUUAAUAUUUAAACCUGUAGCCUUUUUCCGCUUUGUUCUCUGGCAGGGGAAACUGAGCCUUCUCCUUUAUACCAACUUGAACUGUUCAUUUGUUCUUCUGCUCUCUCUCUCUCCACCACAUAUGAUCAAACUGAGCCACUUCUAAUAUCUCAUCUCACAUGGUUUUACUUAUACUCACAACACACCCUAAAUUGGGUUGCUGUGUAUAGUGUUUUAAGAGUUUAAACUGGUUUGAGAGGCAUUGCUUUCAGUGAUCCACAUCAGGUGUGAAGAAAUUUGUGUCCCUACUGAAAUACAGCUCCCAUCAUCUCUGGCCAUUGGCUGUGUUUGCUCUGGUUCAUGGGAAUUGUAGUUCCAUAAAAGAUCCUCAUCAGUCUACCUGGAAGCACAUUUCUGCCUUGCUGUAAUGAUCUUGCUCUGUUGUUGCAAAAAUGGAUUGACUGUAUCUUAACUGCCCUGAGAUUGAAUGUCCUAAAUAAUUUAAACAAGCCCCCUUUUUAAAAUACUGUCUACACUCUGGAUGUGAAAAAUGGUGGUCUCCAGCCUAAAUGGGAACCAGGAAAAGUUGUGUGUGCGAGCGAGAGAGAUCUAUCCAGACAAAAGCUGUAACCCUUCUUCCCCACACUUAAAUCUUGUUCUUGCAGGAGGAUUGCUUCAACCAGAUACAGACAGGCCUCAGCACCUACCAGCACAGCCUAUCACACGUUGCCCAGAUCCUGCCAAGUUUCUCUGAGAAAGUGACUGGCCUCCAGCUGGACCUCUCAAACCUCUCCACCAACAUCCACCGGCAGGUGAGAAGCUGGCUUACUACUUGCUCAGCUUGGGCUGAGGGAGGGGGCAGAACAGGUGGGCAGGAGGUGAGAAGAAGCCCUUGCAUGCUUGCACCAAGUUCUGUGGGAGCAGGAAUAUCCGUAGCCAUUUUAGCAGGGUCUGUUGUCUGCACUUCAUAGUUGCUUCCCCUCCUGGAAGAGUGGUGAUGCCCCUAGUGCUGGCUGCAGUUGCACCAACCCAGAUGCAUAUUCUGGCAUGGCUUGUCUUGGCUGCUAUUGUCUCGGUGUCUGUUCCACUGAAUUCCAUGGGCAACACAGAGACAGAAUAUGGAAGACUAACUGCAGAUGAAGACUGUUUCUGAGACAGGCGGCUCAUCCCCUCUGCUUCCCUUGGCCUCCUUCCUUCUUGAUUUCUUUUGGAACAUACUGAUUAGCAUGUCAGGGUAUUAAUAAUACCUCUAGCUGUCAUUGUGUCCUUUCUUCAAGGAACACAUGAUUGUUAAAGGGUGUAAUUGUUUAGGGUAAUUCCUGCUCAUGGAAAUUGAUGAUCCAUAAUCCCCUACUCCUUAAGACACAGCCCCAGGAACUUCAGUUCUUCUCCCCUUCUCAGUGUUCCCAAUUUGCAGGCAUGGGGAGCUUUGUAGCCCUGAAGAUGCAAUUCCCAUUAUCCUGGACCGCUUGCCAUGCUGGCUGAGGCUGAUGGGAAUCCCACCCUGAUCUAGAGUUCUCUAUAUUUAAUGUUGCGAAGACUGGUACUCUGUAUUUCAAGGAAUGUUUGAUCUCUCUAUAGAAAGCUUCUUAGCUUCUCUAAGCUCUGGGGUUGCAAGGUGCAAAGGGGUACCAAGUUAGGCCAUCCAGCUGUCAAGAAAAAAUGAUCCUCUAAGCACUUAGCAAACAGCUGCAUUUCAAUAACUUAUGCGAUUUCUCUUCUUCCCACCCCACUUUCUAUCUCCCUGCUUCAGAUACUUGAGAGUGUGGUGACCGCUGUCACCUUCCCCCAGGGAGAAACCCUGGACUUGCAAAAUCAGAGAGCUAUUGGAAGUUAUCUUGUCGUCCGCAACCUUGAGAAAUUCAUGGAAGCGAUUGCCCGGGCAUUGAGGCAUUGUUAUUCAUAAUGUGAAGGGCUAGAGGAUUCUCCCAUAAGACCCUGGAGUGGAAGGGUCCUGUGCAUCCUAAGGAGGACCUAAUAGGUGAUAACAAACUGAAACAAGAGGAUGUACUUCUUCUGCCUGGACUCCUCCCAACCUACAGAAUUCCAGCCUCCUAACUUUUUAUUAUUUAUUUAUUGUAUUUAUUGUAAAGUUUUAAAAGCCGUUUGUUAUCAUGCAAAAGCAAGAAAAACAAAAGGCACAAGAAUAUUUAAAGAAGCAGCAGAACACCAGACGCAUCGUUUUUAAGAAGUCACUCUGUGCCCAGUUUGGUGUUCUGCUGCUAUCAGCAGGAAGUGACUCUUGCUAACUGAACUAAUCUUAAUCUUUUUUAUAAUCAAAAGUCAAGUACAGUCCCACAUUCUGAUGUCUCUCCAAAUUAAUUGGUCAGCCUUCUCCAUGUUUGGGCAUUUAGCAUUUCUGUUUGUGCCAAACUAAAUUCCUUGGGGGUUUUUUAAACUAGCCUUUUUAAGAGACUGAUGCAGGACAUCUUUAGCAAUCGGGUGUUGUUGUUGUUUUUAUCAUAGUGUUGACAUGAGACUCCUGCAACAACUCCAACUAUUGCUAUCCUCCAGAUGUUGGACUCCAGUUCCCAUCAGCCCCAGCUAGCAUGACCAAUGCUCAGGGAUGAUGGGAACUGAAGUCAAUCCAAGACAUUGGCUACUUCUGGAAUUGGCUCAUCUCAAGCAUUUCGUAGAAUUACAAUUUUGGAUUUGGCUUUUAAUGAAAUGUAUUCUUCCUGCGAUGCCAACUUGACAUUUGUAUGGAAAGAUCUUGUUUGCUUUGCUGGAUUUCUAGUGAAAUAUCCUUAAGAAUCAAUUCCUACAACUGCGUGUUUUUAAUUUAUUGUGCUUAUUUAUUUUAUUUUUUUAUUUAUUGUAUCUUAAAAACAACAAAUGUUCUGCAUCUUAAAAUUUGCCCUCAGAGCUUUAGUCAUUUCUCUGGUAUUAAGAGUAUUUAUUACUUAUUUAAUAUUUAUACCGAUAACUGUCAGAUUAACUGUUUGAUAAGAACCUUUGUUUAUCAAAGGCAAGGGAGUUUCAGCAAGUUUUACGUGUGCAUCUUGCAACACUUACAGCCUUGCUGUGGUGCACAUGUCAAGAUGUAUGCAAUGUUAAAUCACUGUUUAAUAUUUAAACAUUAAGAGUACUGGCUAUUGGUAGUCGGACCAAACUGCAGGGGGGUGAACAACAGGAGUAUCUAGUUCCCACCUCUGGCAGUCUCCUGGGUACAUGCUGGGCUGUGCAUCUUCUUGUACUUGUUAUAGAUAAGUAACACUGAAUAUGAACCAUAAGCACACAUACCUAUUGUUGGAGCAGCACCAGUAGAUGAUAAUUCUGAAACUGCUAUGAACAGUUGCUGUAUAAUCAAUGGAUCCCUGAUUUGGCCAGGGGCUGCCAUCUAAAUUUCCCACAAUCUUCGUGUUGGCGGUAUUGUAAGAAACUAAAAUGGCAGCUAGACUCCGCUGCCUGGUGAAUCAUGUAGUACUGGGCCGUAAAAUAAAGUUAACACAAACAUAUGUGCAUCAGCCCUUGCAGUUGCAUGAAGCAACCCACUUCACCCUGUUGAAUGGUAGGGCUGGUCCUGCCUUCACACCACUGAUGGGGAACCUGUGGCCAGUUACAGGCUGCUGGACUCCAGCUCCCAUCAGCCCCAGCAACUGUAGUCAAUAGUCGGGGAUGAUGGGAGCUGUAGUCCAUUAAACCUCUGGAGAGCCAUAUGUUUCCCCACUCCUGCUUUAGACAGAGAGAUGUAUCUAGAAACCAAAGCAUUAAUUGCUCAUUUGCUAUCUGAUUUAUUCCUGUAAUAUUCUAUGCUAGAGGAUGUUUUGUUUUUACUGAGGUUUUUAAUAAAUGUUAACUUAUGAUUGUAAACUGUUUUUGUUAUUUAAAUGAAUUUGUUUUACACCAACGUAGAUCAUCGAUCUGUGCAGAAUUCCAUUUUGUAUUUUGUUUAAAAUUGCUUUGCAGUUUGCUAGAGAGGUACAAAGCUGCUUGUAGAUUUUGGUCCGCCACCAAUGCUAACUGUUUUUUCCUUCAAAACUGGACCAGAACUCUUGCUAGCUUCACAUUCUUCCAUUACAAGCCUCUGCAACAGAAGGCAGCUGGAAUGAUAUGACUUGUAAAUGUCAUGAGGUGAUAAAGAAAUAUCUGGAAUUUGGCUAAGAGCCUAAGCUCAGCUGAAGCAUUCCAAAGCAUUUAUUUUUGAAGCUGUUUAGAUUUUCUGUCGCAUCACUGUAGUUGUGCUUUCAUUGUAACUGUAAACUGCACUGAACACCCCACACAAUUAGAAAAGGCAGGAUAUAAAUACCUAUUUAUUUGACAAUGAUGCUAAAUGGAAUGGACAUGGUACUUUUAAAUUUUAUUUAUAUUUUUAUUUUAAAAGGUAGAAAUAAUUGGUCACUGGGUCAUUGAUUAGUGCUUAAUAUUUCUAUUUAGAGUCUCUCAAUGCUUCCAUUGUAAUACCAAUCAGGUUUUAAUUCUGUUACUACUACUUCUGAAAAUGAAUUUUAUUUAUUUUAUUUAUUAUGAUAUGAUGUAUGCAAUUUCUGAGUAGAAAUAAAAAUUAACAUUUGUUCAAU